UUUAUGCAAAAGUGUGCAUGAUGAAAUAACACAACUUCCUGGUUUUACGUAAAAUCUCCAUUGAAUGUUACGUGCAGUACGAUAGUUUUAGUCCCAACAGCUGCAGUUGUCUUCACGGCGGCAAAACAGAGGUCGUAUAAAAUUUAAUCCCGAUUAAUCUCUUUCGGUGACGAUUCUCAUAACAAUGAAUAUUAUAUUUCCUGCAAUGGGAACCAGAGGUGGAGGCAGCGGGGGAGGCACUCCUGCGGCCAUCAUUUUGUUAGCAGUAUUCAGUGCCAUUGGAGGCUUCCUAUUUGGCUAUGACACUGGGUGUUGUCUCAGGAGCUAUGAUACUUGUAAGAGAUGAAUUUGAACUGAGCACAGUGUGGCAUGAACUGAUUGUGUCAUCCACUAUUGGAGCUGCCUGGCUGGCAGCAUUGGCUGCUGGUCCUGCAACAGAUCGGUUUGGACGGCGACCAGUGAUUCUUGUUGCAAGUGUAGUGUUCACUGUUGGAGCAGUGGUAAUGGGAGCUGCUCCAGAAAAGGUGACAUUACUAAUUGGAAGAAUAAUUGUUGGAUUAGGAAUAGGUAUGGCUUCAAUGUCAGUGCCAGUAUACCUGAGUGAAUCAUCCCUGCGAUCUUCGCGGGCGCAUCACUGUAACAAACAAUAUCUUCAUCACUGGGGGUCAGUUGAUUGCAUCUGUGAUCUGCGGUGCUUUUUCAAAAGUUCCACAGGGUUGGAGGUACAUGCUUGGUCUAGCGGCAUUACCUUCUGUUGUGCAGCUGAUGGGCUUUGCGUUUAUGCCAGAAAGCCAAGAUGGCUGAUACUCAAAGGCAG